AUGUCUGAUGAUGCUACCACUGUUGCUCUACCCAGACCUCCAAUACAUGUCGACGGAGGUUUGAAAAGGGGCGCUCGAGGUCCUAUGAGGACUGUAAUCGAGCUUCUUAGUGCUGUACCGGCGGCAAAGCAAGAUGAUAUCUAUUUGAAGCUCGUGUCCUCCGUCAUCGCUGCUUUUAUAAAAGCGCAAUCUGAUGUCAAGACAUUCGUAUCGCGGUGGGAGAAGUUAGGCACCCGAUCACGGGAUAUCGUUGCAAGGAUUCAGACGGUGUUCACCACCCGCACUGAUUUCGAGCUCAGCCAAGCAGCUUUAGCGGCAUUGCGAAUCUGCGACGAACUAUUGGGUAUGGUUGUGAAGGCGCUGCCGCUCUUGGUCAAGUGCAUCGCUCAGCCGGAUCCAAAUCCAGGCGUAUAUUUUGUCAGAAAGCUCAAAGUGCAUGCUCUUGAGUACUUCGAUCGCGGAGAUAUGUUGUUGGAUCUGCAAUAUUGUAUGGAUAGACUCGAUGCUGCUCGUGCUGAACUGCUUGCGUUGAACUUCUUCGCAACGCGCACGGCAAUGAACAGAUUCACCGAGAAUGUUCUGCGAAAUUUUCAGCAACCAGAUGGCCAUACAAACAGUGUGGAGGUGUCAGAAUCCACAUCUUCUCCCAUCCCCGAUCAGGAAACAUCUUUCAUACUCGAGCUCUCGGCCGUCCAACCGUCCGAUCCCAAAUCUAGGGCAGAUCCCACUAUUUCUGCCCGUCGAGAUCUGCGACUAGCAUCGUUUGGCGAGAUGACAACUGGCGGAACUGGCUCGCGGUCACUGGGUGCUGCAUCUACCGCAUUAUCUCUGACAAAGGACGUACUUGAAGCCGUGGACACACUUCCGUUCAUCAAAUACCUUGCGUCAGCCGGCAAGAAACUUCUGGAGUAUAUCAUUGAUGCACAGAUACAGGGCGACAUGUUCCAACGCCUUGCGCUUCAAGCCAACGACUUCAUCGUGAUACUCGCGGAUGCAUGGAGAGAUUGGCUUACCAUUGCUGAAUCCUUUGGAGAGAGUGAUAAGGAGUUGAGGCUGAAGCACUCGGGCUUCUUCACCAUGGAUGAGAUAGCUGAAAGGUUCAAGAGAAACAUGUCUCAAUUCACCAGGACGAUGGAAGAGCUCGUCGAUGUUGCGGACAAGAAAGUAGCUCGUAAUAUGGGAAAAAAGAUGAUCGAGACCGAGGAUGACAAGGCUUUAGUGGAAGGCCUGCGCGAGGAGAUGAAGCAUGCCCACACGAUAUUUCAAAUGCAGAGAGACCUGAUACAUGACAGGAUGCUGGUUCGCUUGAACUACAUAUCGCAGAUGGAGCGCUCUCCACGAGUCGAAACUGCUCUGAAUCUAUACCUCAACGAGAGCACACGCGGGCUGUCGUCGCGCCUCCUACUACUUGUGCAUUGCCCAUCAAUCUAUCAGAUUGGUCUCAAGAGAGCCAGAAGGCCCAGAAAGGGGACGCGGGCAUCGACGUAA